AUGGCAACAGCUGAGCAAUGGGACGAGGCAGUAAAACUCCUGCUCAGUUAUCCGCCGUGGAAAAAAUUCAGAUGCCUGCUUCAACGGCCGGAGGAAGAUUGCUCUUUACAAGAGGACUUGAUCAAAGUCUGUGUGAACAAUACACUCCAAGAUCUUGCCAAACGUAAGUCUGCUGAGAAUAGAGAGAAGUUUUCUGAGGCACUUAAAGAGAAGAAGGGUGCGGCGAAGUUAGCGAAAGUGAAAACAGCGAAGAAGGAGACCAGGCGGAACGCGACCGAUACAAAAGGCAAGGGCAAGCAGCGCGAGACGGCGACAAUUCGCAGUUUGACAAAGAGGAGCAAGUAG